AUGAGCACCGAAUCUCAACCUCGAUCCAAUGGCCAGGCCUCCGCCCGAGCCAACCUCCUCGCCGGCCUUCGUGGUAGCCGUCAGACUCGAUCUGGCUCCCCAGCUCAGCAGGAGCAGCCCAAUGCCGCAACACUCUCCCCUUCUUCAGCCGCUCGACUCAAGGCCAAUGCGCCCGUCUUCACACCCGGAGUUUCAGGGGGGGUGAGGCAGGUUACCACGCCGCCCACAGCUAACGACGACGCCCAGGAUUACAUGGGCGCACUCGAAGCUCAGCUUGCGGCCCUUCAGAUGUCGGCUAUGCAGAGCACCCCGACCAUCGCCGCCUCUUACGGUGCCACGCAAGGCCAGCCUCAGCAAAGGCAGGCUGGACCAUCAGCUCACCAAAAGUACCUUGCCAACGAGGAAGCUGUUGCUCAAUUCCUUCUCCAGCGACAGCAGCAGCAGCAACAGCAGCAGCUCCAGGCUCAGCUGGCUCAUGAACAGCACUUGGAGCAACUUCGUGCUCAAGCAGCCAUCGCUCAAGCAGGCCAGCAGCAGAACGUUGCACACCAGCAACGAGCCCUCUUUGCCCAGAUUCAGCAAGAGUACGAACAGCAGAUGCGAUUCAAGGCUGCCCUCGAAGCUCAGCAGGAGAGGGAGCAGCAAAUGGCCGCUCAAGAGCAACGUCAAGCAGCCCAAGCCUCGCUCCAAGCAAGCACUCGCAAUCGACAGGUGCAGAAGCUUUACGCUCAGCUCCUCGAGGAGGAUGAAGCAGGCCGUUUGGACCCUCGCGUGCUCGCUGGCAGAGAUCUCUACCAGGUCGCCCUAGACGCUGUCACCGAGCAGCAUCAACAGGCUCAGCUCGUAGCUGCCACUCAAGAGCAGAUUCGCCAGCUGCAGUUCCAGCAGUAUGCCCUGCACCUGCAGCAACUCCAGCAGCACCAAGCCAAUGCCCACUCUGAGGCCGAGAGGAUGUACCGCUCAAGCUCGCUCUCCCCCUCCCAGCAACGACAAGGCGCUGCAGCGCCAGGACAGGGACAACAGAGGGAGAGGCUGCCAAGCUCGGCCGACCAGGCCGUCAAUUGGCGACGGCGCCCGGCCGCGUCUCCUAGGGACGAGCAGCUGCCUACCGUAGGCGUCACCCUCGGAGACGAUUCUGUCGAUUCGGCUCCCAAUGAGAGCAGCCCUCGUAGCUCGCGUAGCUUCAACUCCAACAGGGACAGUGCCGACGACACACCUCAGACUUCAGAAGAGGACAUCGAUGUACGAGCUACCUCUGCUCCCUCGACCAAGGCCAGCGUCUCGAGCCUCAAAGCGAGGGUCAAUGCCUCUCCUUCGCCUUCUGCCUCUCUCAGCCCUGCCAACGGCAGGAGCCCACAACCUUCCUUUGCCCGCGGCACCGGUCUCGGUUUUAAGGCCUCCUCCGCCUCCAUCUCGGGGCCAUCCCGCCCUCGCUCAGCCGAGAACAGGGACGAUUCGGGCUUCGUCGGCAGCAACAGCUUCUCCGGAGCAACUACGAUCCACCCUGCCUCGCGCCAGCCAAGAGGUCCCCCGACGGACUUUGUUGGCACCAACUUUGCUGCGAGGAUGAAUGCUCGCACUAGGAAGCAGGCGCUGAGCAAGUUGAGGGAGAUGGGGAGUGGUGGGAACAGAGCUGGUGCUGCCGCUGGUGCUCAGGCUUCGGGCGCUACUGCUGCUACUCCUGCUCCUACUGCUGAGGCAGUGGACUGCUCCUAA